CAUAGGUCAAUGUUCAUUCUUACGAGGGUGCAUUUGCAAUCCCAAAGGUUUUGGUUCCAAGUCCGCCUUUUUGUAGGUUGUUUGUUGUGGAAUAGUUUGCCAGCUGAAUUGUCUAGCACUAACAGAAAUGUCAGAAAACUUAUCUUGUGCACUGUCUGUGAAGAAGAAGAAGAAGAAAAAGAAGAAGAAGAAGAGAGUUUGUAUAAAACAAUUAAAGCUACGUGUUACUCAGAUUCGGGUUGGUCAAUCACGAAAGAAGAUAAUUAUACUGGUUUCCCAAUGUUUCCUUUAAGUCACACAACUCUAAAAGAGGCACCUUUGAGCUGAAUUCACCAUUGCUGUAUAAAACCAAGGAAUAUUUUAUUACCACUAUUUCAUGACAACAUAUGUAACUGCAAAAGUUGAAAAAUAUCAACGAUUUGAGAUUCUGUUAUCAUUAUUAGAUUCGACCCGGCAGAUUAUAACAUACUAUAAACUUGUACGACUUUACAACUUCUCAUCUUUACAUGUACGAGGGGUAAUCCAAAAGUUCGUGGACUUUCUUUGUUGCGUAAAAUUAAUUUGAGAUAUUGAUUUGAAAUUCUUACACUGCUGAGAAGAAUUAAUAACAAAUAAACACAGAAAAUUCAUAGGCCAAACAUUAUUUUGAAGCUUAAAUUUAAACAACUGAUAGAGCUUUCUAAAACAUGUUCCCAAGAGGAGGAAGACAGACGCACGAAGUUCAAUCCAGAAAAAAGAAAACCAGUAAAGACAAAGCAAUGAACUGUAAAGACUGCAUGAAAAAUAGAAUAAAUUUCAGCUAUGAACUGAAAGCGAAAAGAAUGAAAGGACAUCGGCAGAGGAAAUUUCAAGCUCGUAGAAAAGAAACAAUAAUUACUAAUACAAAGACUAAAAUAAAAAGAGACAUUCCAACAAGCAUCACAAAAUCGACAAUGAAAUCAUUUGAAAGUAAGAACACACUUGAUGAAAUAUCGAAUACAACACAAUGGCAGGUGUCUGAGUCUAAAGGUAAAGCGCAAAAUUUGAAAUAUGAAUCUAAUAUGAACACAAUGGCUUACCAAGAAAACAAGUGUCAUCAUAUGCAGAAGGAGAAACUUGUAUCAAGAAACAACGUUAAACUAUUGAACGAUAGUAAAACGUUUCAGUACACUGCCGGGAUCAAUCAGCUCCAACAGCAGUGUGAACCGACAAUUGCAAAGACAAAAUGUGUUAAAGAUGAUAACAUGAUAGCUCAACAUGAUGCUAUUUCGCAUAUACAAAGUGAAUGUCCAAAAUGGAUCACGGAUGUUCAAAGGUCACGUGAUCAUACAUCAAUGGCAAUAUCAAAACAAAUACAGUUCGUGCCUGACAUUGAAUCAAAAGUGUGGAAUGAUCAUAUAGAUAGCACAGAAUCUCCCCAGUCAAGCCAGUAUCAAACAGGGAACCAUAUCCAAUUAAAGAAAUCGCACAGUUCAACUAAUAUUAGUCUAAGAUACACGGCCGCAUAUGAUACAAUAGAUUUAAAGUCACGACCAAACUUUAAAAUAUCCGCAAAAAGUGACCCAAAAUGUGACAAAAAGACACAUGUUAAAGAAAAUAUACUUAAAGAUGUUAUAAAUGGUGCUAUGUCAGAACUUGAUACGAAGGUUCGAAUCACUGUUGCCCCUGUCUCUAGACAUGAAAACGAAGCGGAGAGAAGUCAAGAAGAUCAAUCUGAACCAACGAGAUCUGAAAUUGAUAGGGGGGAAAUUAUCGAAGCAUGCUCACCUGAAGUUAGGACACAUGUUGAUUUAGCUAUUGUACAAAAUCAAAAGCAUCUCCCUGUCGAUCUACCUGAGUCAGAGUCUGAAAGGGCACUUCAAGAUUGUGCAAUUGGGGGCCAAGUUGUAAUGGAUGGUGGUUCUUCUUAUGAAAUGUCCAUAAAAUGUCCAUGUGACAUUGUUCACCCCAAAACCCUACAUUGUAAAUAUAGUGCUAUGUCUACACAUACACAAAACGAUAAUUGCAGUGAAGUUACCAAUAGAACAGAAGCAUCGUGUCCAACAUUACAAAUCCCUAUGCAGCCAAGUAACUUACCUGAUCCUGAAGUUAAUCAAGCUGAUCUUCAAAGGUUUGAACCAUUAAUACAUAUAAUUGACAAAAUAGCAGGUGGAGAGAGAGUCCCUCCUCAAAUAACAAUGCGUUAUGAAUUACUCCGAUUUUGCACUUUAAGAUCAUUUCCCAAACACAAUAAGCCAUAUAUAACAAGAAUAGCUCAGGCAGGUUUUUAUUUUGCAAACACAGAUGAUGAAGUUGUUUGUUAUUGCUGUGCUCGUAGAAAAAGCAAUUGGUGUGAAACUGAUAUUCCCAUAGAAAUACAUCGAGAGUUAAAUCCUAAUUGCAGUUUCCUUCUCAGGAAUUUAGAGGUGAAUGUGCCUGUAAGAAUGUCAGAAUUAUUAAUCCAAGAAAAUAAUAGAUCUACACGUUCUCAAAGUCUUGAAAAUGCCUACCAAACUAGCUCAGCUUCUACCAGUGACACAAUAUCAUGUAAUACAAGCGGAUCGACAAGCUCCUCUAGUACAACAGCAAAUACAUCUGCACCAAAUGUGACACAGGCUUUAUCAUCACCGGUUGUUUCAACAAACAGUGAACUAUCUCAAAAUAGACUGCAGUCAAGAGCUCAUGGUAAUUUUGUAAUGACCUCAUCAGCGAGUUCAUUUGUACAGGAGCACCGAAUACAGUGGAGCUGUAUAUAUGUUACAAAGAACCGGCUGAUGAGGAUUAAAAUUAAACACACUUCUUACGAUUAA